AUGGAAAAUUUAGUUGAGGUCAUGCUUCCUGAAGAUAAUUUUCUAUUCUAGGACAGACCUCUUUCAGCUCGUGAGAAAAGAACACUAAGACAGUUCUCUGAGUCAUAUUGUAUGACCCUUGUACUAUAAUUUAUACCUCAAUCAUUCGUUGUACAUCUUUAAAUACUCUCGAGAUUCUAUUAUAAAGUGUAAAUUCCUAGAUCUCUUUCAUCAGUUGAAGUAAAAUUACGUAAAGUGAGAUUACAUCUCUUCAACCAUGAAAGUAUCAUAAUUUUCAACAUGCAGAACUGGACAAAGCAAAAGAGAAAGAUAAAGAACUAAGAGUUUCCACAUCUAUGGAAUUGCCAGAGUAUUGAAGUUAAAGGAGCAAUCUUCCUGACCGGCGGUAGUAUGGCUAACACUAAAACAUAUGUUAAGCAUACUUAUCAAUUGUGCGAAAAAACUUGGCUAUUUGAAAGGAAAAUGGACAUGUACAACCCCAGAGAUGCACAUGGGAUGAUAGGCUGGAAAAAUCAAUAUAUUAUAGUGGUCGGCUCAUGGCAUGUUGAGUAAAGUACAAAAACUGUUGAAAUAUAUAACAUCUAAUUCGACACAUGGAGUGAGCUUCCUUAACUUAAUUAUGCUACAUGCGCUCCUGGACUAAUAAUUAUAGAAGAUAGGUAUAUGUAUAAGGUAGGAGGCACCACAAACAUUCGGAAAAUAGAACGAUUCGAUUUGCUUCAGCCAACUGAAGACUGGAUAACUAUCAACACUUCGAAUUAAAUUGGUAAAAAAGCUUCUAUAAAUAGGUGCCUGCUUCAUCCCGUAAACAAGGAAGAGUUUUUAGUCUUUGGAUGCCAUUUUGGUAGAUCAGAGUACCCUUUCUCUUAUCACUUGGAUAAAAAUGAGUUCAAUAAAUUUCAAAAAAGUGAGGUCUAAAUAGAUAUGUACCGAUCAAAUGAUGUAGUCCAACUAGAUCCCUACUCAAUAUUCAUCAGACCCUUCGUAAAGGUAGGUGAUUCGAUGGAAAAUGUCAAAGUACUUCAGUAUUUCAUCAGGGAACUAGAAGUUGUAGAUGAGGAUUAAAAUGGACCUAGAGCAGAAAAUAAAACAAACGCAAAAUUCAAACGGUUCUUUAGAAAUCUGUUCUAGAGAAAGCCUAAAUUUUCGACCAAACCUUACCAGAAUUUCCCUAAAGGACAUAUUGAAGAGGUAGAAUUCGCCACCACAGAUUGGGAGAAUUGA